UGGACCGCCGGUGUUCAGAGCGGAGUCUCAGCCGCCGCAGAUUCCAGUAAAAGUUUGAGCGCAAAGAGGAGUUUGCGGUAGCAACAGCUCUUCCCAUGCUUUCCACUCCAGGAAACACUCUUGACUUUAAUAUUAAAGUUGUAGUAUAAAGUUAUUCUUUGUGGUCGAUCCCCCCCCCCUUUCUCCCGGGUUUAAAGGUCAAGCAGCCCCAAAACAAAUGUAGAAAAUAUAACGGCUGAAAGUUUGCUUCUGUACGUUUGAAAAGGUUACCGAGGCAUAACUAAGAUGAAUAACUAGAUGGACGGUUGGUGGUUGACAGAACUCUGCCGGCUGAAGGAAGAGGCGACAGUCGUUGAGUCCACAUCAGUCUGAUCAGAUUCCUGGCUUUCCAUUCAGGCUUCUGAUGAUGGCGCUCGCUCUUCGUGGUUACAUAAUUAGCACAAAUAGGUGAAAUAACUAAGUGUGCCGAUCGUACUUCGGCAGAAAUGUCAGCAAACUGCUCAGUGUCCCACAGCAAAACCGCUAAAUGUCUCCUCUACAAGCUUUUCGUUAUGGAAAACGCUCGAAAGAAGCUGGAGGAACAGAUGCGACAUUUCACGAAAAAGGCAAAUGAAGAUGUGCAGUUAUUUUUUCAAACUGCCACUGCAAGGUCAUCUGUGGAUUGUCUGCAUGUUCUUAAAGCCUUGGAGGCAAAGUGUUACAUUAUCGAAAAGGUUUCUGAUUUCUUUCAGCAGCUGAAAGCAGUUGCAGAUCCAGAAUCUCAUUCCAUAAUGCCUGCAAAGUCAAAAGAUUCUCCCAUAAGCAAGCCUGUUUGGAGACAGGGAAGCGAUACUACGGUUUCCGACAUUUUGAAGUCUGGGCCCAUGUUGCAUGAGUUCGUAACGGCCGUUUCUGCCAGGAGCGCAGGACAGACUGUAGGAUCUGCCAGUGCACUUCCACAGACAUCACCCACUCAGACAUCACAUGAAAGUGUAGAGAUAUGUGACACUUCUCUUGAGCAUCUGGAGGAAAAAGUUCCAGCCGAUGAUGGUGAGGAGAUGCUACAUUCAGUUGCACCAGUGAAAAGUUGUGACUCUGCAGCUGGGGUAGAAAAUCCCACUAUGCAGCCAAAUGGCCAAAAGUUAAAUCAUGGUGCAAACGCGGUUUUGGAUGAUCAGGGACCGGGCAGGGAUAUCGUCUUAAAACAUCAGAAGCAAACAUCAUCUGAAUUAAGGAGGUUUCUCCAAAGCAAUUAUAAAUACAGGGCUGCAGAGUUUACUUUCAUCCAAGGAAAGGAUGCUACAGCUGAGGGAUCUCCAUCGUUUCCCAGUGCUUCAUCUAAGAUCCCAACUCAGUUAGAAAUGAAUGGCAGACAAUUUUGUGAUAGGAAAUGCAAAGAAAGAAAUGACAUUAAGAAAAAGCCUUUUUGUACUUUGGCUUCUUUUGAACCGGUUUUCAAAGUGAAGCAAAACGAAACUGAAAACCUUGUGUCUUUGAGCUACAUGGUUGCCACAGACUCUGAAGUGUGGGAUGUUGCAGAUGUUCCUAUGGGAGAAAAGCACAGUUUAUUUAGUGGGUGGAAUGGGCAGAGCCUGGAGGUAUCUCACAUGGAAAGAAUACCAUCAUUCCCAAUUCGAAAGUAUGAAGAAACAAAGGUUACCGUCAGUCAUGUUGUCACCCCUGAGAACUUCUACAUCCAGCAUGUGGGCUCAGAACUGCAGCAGAUGUCUGCGAGAAUUGAGUUGAGUUGCGGUGGAUCUUUUGCAGAGAUGAGGUGCAUCCCAGAUAUUGGAGCCAAAGUUGUAGGAUGGUUUCCUAGAGACAAGCUGUGGUGCCGUAUUGUGGUGCUCGGGAUCUCUGGGAUGAACGGAGAUGCCACCCUGAGCUCUGGAAGCCCAGGUGUUAUGGAGAACAUUGAAGUGGAAGUGAGGAGGAUUGACUACGGUGACACCGCAUGCCUUCCCCUGCAAAGCAUAAAGGAACUGGAUGACUCGACAGCUACUGUACCUGUGCAAGCCCUUCAGGUGUCACUGGCAAACGUGUCUCCAGCUAACGGUCACGAGUGGUCCACUGAGGCAGUUGACUGGUUUAAAGACAAAGUGAACAGCACCAUCUUGUAUGCCAGGGUAUUUCCACAGGACACUAGGGUAACAGUGGAGCUUUUCACUGAGAAGGGAAAAAUGGGAGCCAUGAGGAGAAGCGCUUCGCUGUCUGUAAGACUCGCCCAAAGUGGACAUGCAAAGCAUACAGCAAAAGAAGUGAACUUAAAAAGUUGUGCCUGUGAACCAGCAAGAAAGGUGGCAUCUGAAUGGGAGAAAUACCUCCUUUCAUACUACUCUAAAAAUAAGAAGUGAACAUGAGUAUUGCUUGGACAUAUCUGAAGAAUGGUGGAGCAGCACACAAUUUGCAGGAAAUAAACUGUACCUAAACAAUAGAGAGUAUAUAGAUAUUCUGUACAUUCUGAUGUAUCCAUAGAGAUCUUCUUUAAUAAGACAUCUUGCUGAGAGGACUGCAGCGGUUCUUUAGUUCAGAAGAAAUUUCUUUGUAUGUACUGGUGUUUACGUACAAGUAUA